UGGGGCUCUUGGGUUAGUUCCUGUUAGGCCCCGGCCCAGGGAGUAGGUGAAGUCUCUAAGAUGCCCGGUGGGUCAGGGCACCCGGAGCUGUGAGGGAACGUGAGGCGGCGGCGAGCGGAGACCCGCGGCGGGCCUUAGGAGGAGCGGCGGCCCGAGCCCGCCUUCCCUGCACCAUGCUCAUAGAGGAUGUGGAUGCCCUCAAGUCCUGGCUGGCCAAGUUACUGGAGCCGAUAUGUGAUGCUGACCCUUCAGCCCUAGCCAACUAUGUUGUAGCACUGGUCAAGAAGGACAAACCUGAGAAGGAAUUGAAAGCCUUUUGUGCUGAUCAACUUGACGUCUUUUUACAAAAAGAGACUUCAGGUUUUGUGGACAAGCUAUUUGAAAGUCUUUAUACUAAAAACUACCUUCCACCAUUGGAACCAGUUAAACCUGAGCCAAAACCACUAGUCCAAGAAAAAGAAGAAAUUAAAGAAGAGGUAUUUCAAGAGCCAGCAGAAGAAGAACGAGAUGGUAGAAAGAAGAAAUAUCCUAGUCCCCAGAAGAGUCGUUCAGAAUCCAGUGAGCGAAGGACUCGUGAGAAGAAAAGAGAAGAUGGCAAGUGGAGAGACUAUGAGCGGUACUACGAGCGGAACGAGCUGUAUCGUGAGAAGUAUGACUGGAGAAGGGGCAGGAGCAAGAGCCGGAGUAAGAGCCGAGGCUUGAGUCGGAGUAGGAGCCGCAGCAGGGGCCGCAGCAAAGACCGAGAUCCAAACAGGAGUGUUGAGCACAGGGAAAGAUCAAAGUUUAAGAGUGAAAGAAAUGACCUGGAGAGCUCCUAUGUGCCUGUGUGUGCUCCUCCUGCAAACUCUUCUGAGCAGUGCUCCUCUGGGGCACAGUCUAUUCCCAGCACUGUCACUGUGAUCGCACCUGCUCACCACUCUGAAAACACAACCGAGAGCUGGUCUAAUUACUAUAACAAUCACAGCUCUUCCAAUUCUUUUGGUCGAAACCCACCACCAAAGAGGCGCUGCAGAGAUUAUGAUGAAAGAGGAUUUUGUGUACUUGGUGACCUUUGUCAGUUUGAUCAUGGAAAUGAUCCUCUAGUUGUUGAUGAAGUUGCUCUGCCAAGUAUGAUUCCUUUCCCACCCCCUCCUCCUGGGCUUCCUCCUCCACCACCUCCCGGAAUGUUAAUGCCUCCAAUGCCAGGUCCAGGCACAGGCCCUGGCCCGGGCCCUGGUCCUGGUCCCGGCCCAGGCCCAGGCCCUGGCCAUAGUAUGAGACUUCCUGUUCCUCAAGGACAUGGUCAGCCUCCACCUUCUGUUGUGCUUCCCAUACCAAGACCUCCCAUUUCACAGUCAAGCUUAAUAAACAGCCGUGACCAGCCUGGGACAAGUGCAGUGCCCAAUCUUGCACCAGUGGGAGCAAGACUACCUCCUCCUUUACCCCAGAACCUCCUUUAUACAGUAUCAGAAAGACAGCCCAUGUAUUCUCGUGAACAUGGUGCUGCUGCAUCUGAGCGACUUCAGUUGGGGACACCGCCUCCUCUGUUGGCAGCUCGUUUGGUGCCACCUCGAAACCUCAUGGGAUCCUCCAUUGGGUAUCAUACCUCAGUCUCCAGCCCCACCCCUCUGGUCCCAGAUACAUAUGAACCUGAUGGUUAUAACCCUGAAGCUCCUAGUAUCACCAGUUCUGGCAGAUCACAGUAUAGACAGUUCUUUUCAAGAGCACAGACACAGCGUCCCAACCUGAUUGGCCUUACAUCUGGAGAUAUGGAUGCAAAUCCAAGAGCUGCUAAUAUUGUCAUCCAGACUGAACCACCAGUUCCUGUUUCAAUUAAUAGCAACAUUACCAGAGUAGUCCUGGAACCAGAGAGUCGAAAGAGAGCUAUUAGUGGUUUGGAAGGACCGCUUACAAAGAAGCCUUGGCUGGGAAAGCAAGGGAACAACAAUCAAAGUAAACCAGGGUUCUUGCGGAAGAAUCAGUAUACAAACACAAAAUUAGAAGUGAAAAAAAUCCCCCAGGAAUUGAACAACAUUACCAAGCUCAACGAACACUUCAGCAAAUUUGGAACCAUAGUUAAUAUCCAGGUUGCUUUUAAGGGUGAUCCAGAAGCAGCACUCAUCCAAUACCUUACCAAUGAGGAGGCCAGAAAAGCCAUUUCAAGCACAGAAGCAGUGCUGAACAAUCGGUUCAUUCGAGUCCUGUGGCAUAGAGAGAACAAUGAGCAACCAGCACUCCAGUCCCCAGCACAGCUCCUCCUGCAACAGCAGCACACCCUGAGUCACCUUUCACAGCAGCACCAUAGCCUACCACAGCAUCUUCAUCCGCAGCAGGUGAUGGUAACCCAGUCUUCCCCCGCAUCAGUCCACGGAGGUAUCCAGAAGAUGAUGGGCAAACCACAGACCUCUGGUGCCUAUGUUCUUAACAAAGUUCCUGUUAAACACCGUCUUGGACAUGCAAGUACUAACCAGAGUGAUACACCUCACUUGCUCAAUCAGUCUGGUGGUUCUGGAGAUGAUUGCCCGGUAUUUUCUACUCCAGGCCAUACAAAACCAAUUUACAGCUCCUCAAACUUAAAGACACCUUCAAAACUUUGUUCAGGGUCUAAAUCUCAUGAUGUUCAAGAAGUUCUUAAGAAGAAACAGGAAGCAAUGAAGUUACAGCAAGACAUGAGGAAAAAGAAGCAAGAAAUGUUGGAAAAGCAAAUAGAAUGCCAGAAGAUGCUAAUUUCUAAGCUAGAAAAAAACAAAAACAUGAAACCAGAAGAAAGAGCAAAUAUAAUGAAGACCUUGAAAGAACUGGGAGAGAAGAUCUCACAAUUGAAAGAUGAGUUAAAAACAUCUUCUGCCGUCUCUACACCAUCCAAAGUAAAGACAAAGACGGAGGCCCAGAAGGAGCUACUAGACACUGAACUGGAUCUCCACAAGAGGCUCUCUUCAGGAGAAGACACAACAGAAUUACGAAAAAAGCUCAGUCAGUUACAAGUUGAGGCUGCAAGAUUAGGUAUUUUACCUGUGGGACGAGGAAAAACCAUGUCCUCCCAAGGUCGAGGAAGAGGCCGAGGUCGAGGAAGAGGGCGGGGCUCACUAAAUCACAUGGUAGUGGACCACCGCCCCAAAGCUCUCACAGUUGGAGGAUUCAUUGAGGAGGAAAAGGAUGAACUGCUUCAGCAUUUCUCAGCUGCAAACCAAGCAUCAAAAUUCAAAGACCGUCGGCUACAGAUAUCAUGGCACAAGCCCAAGGUACCAUCUAUAUCUACUGAGACUGAGGAAGAAGAAGUCAAAGAAGAGGUAAGUUCAAACAUUAAAAUAAAAUUUGAAUUACAGUACUUCCUCUCUAUUUUUUUAUGUUAAAUACUAUACAUUUAAAAAUGGCACCUUUCUUUCAUUCAGUUAGUUAAAACCACUCUAGAAGUAAUCGUUAGCCACUUAAAAUAUGAGAAGUAAUUUUGUAUUUUUGUAUUCUAAUUGGUUAUUUAAGAGAACAUUGAGCCCACAAUGUAA